AUGCCUUCAACGACAGAUAAUAUCGGGAAACGUCUUCUGGUCAACUUCAUUGACGAGGCUGCUCGUAGCUCUCCAUCGGCGAGGGCAGUGUGCCAGCCAGUGACGAUCGACUCGAAAACUGAGAAUCAUUUCUUGACAUAUGGCAGCAUAGCCAACAUAGUUAAUAGGCUUGCCAAGUGGCUUGAUGAAUGCCUUCCUGCUGAUAAUGAGUCACGGACUAUUGGAUGCCUGGCUUCGAGUGAUAUUAGGCAUCUGGUUAUCACGCUCGCCGCUAUAAAAGUCAAAGCUAAGGCUCUCCUCUUGUCACCCAGAAAUGGCGCUGCAGUGCAUAGGCAUAUCCUCGAGAAAGCCAAUUGCUCAUUCCUUGUCUUCGAUGCCUCGUUUCGGAAAGUGGCGGACGAAUUGCAACAUGAUGCACAGAUACGCACUUGCGCUGUCCCGUCUCUAGUUGAAUGUCUGAGAUAUGGAGACAAUGAAGAACAAUACCCGUACGACGAAACUUGGGAAACCGCUGCAGAUGACACUUUUGUGAUCCUCCACACAGCAGGGUCCACGGGUAUGCCGAAACCGGUCAAACUACCUCACUCUACUCUCGCAUCUAUCGAUGCACAUCAUCUAAUUUCUUCUCGGGUCGGAAGAAAAUGCGUGCUAGAAACCCUGGCCGAAGCGGAUAUGCCCUUCAUGGGCUUCCCCUUAUUCCACAUUGCUGGGCUUAUACUCAGCUGCUUUCUCCUUCUCUCGGGGUGUACAGUCAUGCUAGGGAACCCGAACAAGCCAGUUAGUCGCAAUAUGGUUCGUGAAAUACUAAAAACAUCAGAAGUCGGUGCUCUUAUCCUGCCUCCGUCAGUCCUAGACGAUGUGGCCCAGGAUGAACAAUUAGUUAAGGACUUGUCUCGGUGCUCUAUCAAAACCAAGACAGGAAACUCUCUGUGUCACAAGGUGCGGCUAAUCAACAGCAUAGGCAGUACCGAGUGCGGCUCGUUGGUCCAGUUUCCCGUGAAAUCAGAGCACUGGUACUGCUACCACUUCAGCGACGAACUGAACGGCAUUCAAUGGCGGCGGUUUGACCCGCAGCCUGACAAGUUCGAGAUGGUCAUCACCCGUAGCGACGCUGCCAGUGAAUUCCAAAGCGUCUUCAGGAACAUUCCCGAUUUGGAAGAAUUCGAGACAAAGGACUUAUUCUCCAGGCAUGAGACCAUACCGGACUAUUGGGUGUACGAAGGCAGACGCGACGACAUUGUGGUCCUGUCCACAGGAGAGAACUUGAAUCCGCUGGAGAUCGAAGGCGCAAUCCGUGCUAAUCCCAGCAUUCAGGGAGCGCUUGUUUUCGGCACCGGCCGGCCGAAGCCAGGCCUGUUGAUUGAACUCGGCUCUAAUGAAAAUGAAGAGCGACUCGAGGAUAUCAAACAACAAGUCAAGGACGUCCUUCAUGACACGUAUCGCCGCUGCCCAGAUUUCGUUCGGAUACCGGAGGAGAAUAUUAUUUUUGCAAAGGGCGACAAACCGUUUGCUAGGACGGAGAAGGGGACGGUGCAGCGCCGCCAAACAAUUGAGGCCUAUCAGAAUGAAAUUGACACCCUGUUUGACUCUUUCAGAGGAGGGUUCGACGGCCAGCAUCUAUCACUCGAUCUGGCAUCCGAAGAAGCAUUUGCUGGCUCCUUGGCUAAGGCUGUAGCAGAGAUAACGGACACCGACGGGUUCGACACAAACAGUGACUUCUUCGAUGCGGGAAUGAAUUCUCAGCAGGCGGAGAUGAUAAUUGCCAAUGUCCGAGAAAUGAUUCGUAAUGACCCAAACUGUGGGUUGGACGAGCGCCAGCUCACUGAGGAUGCAAUAUAUACUCAUACAAGUGCGGCGAAACUUGCAUCCUACAUCUUUCGUCCGUCUCAAUCGCCGUCCCUGUCCCAGGAGGAUCGCCUACAAGCCAUGUCUAAGAUGCUUGACAAGUAUAUAUCGAGUCUUCCAAGGCGAGAAGCUAAAGUACAGCACCGUCCUCACGGCCAAGAACACAUUCUUCUCACCGGAAGCACAGGAUUUGUGGGCUCACAUCUGUUCCGAGUCCUCUGUCAAAGGGCCAACGUCAAAAAGAUCACGUGUAUCAAUCGUAAGAAUCCGGCGCGUUCGCCAUCGAAGGCCACAGAGGGAAUGGACGGAAGUGCUUCGUCGACCGACGUGCAAUACCUCACGGGCGACCUCUCUGCACAAAAGCUCGGUUUGGAGGGGAAGACAUACUCCGAGCUGACCAAGUCAGUGACCACCAUCGUGCACUGCCAGUGGCCAGUGACCUUCAAGCAGCGCCUGUCCUACUUCGAACCUCAGAUCCAAGGUGUUGUAAAUUUGGUACAAUUCGUAGUCGCAUCAAACCGGCACCCGCACAUCAUCUUCCUAUCUUCCAUUGACACCGUGACGAUGUGGGACCAGGACUCCCCCGUCCCUGAAACUCUGCUCACACCCUUCGAGUACGCGCAAACCGGGUAUGGCGAGAGCAAGUUGAUAGCAAGCCUGUUACUUCACAAAGCGGGCGAGCUCGCCGGCGUCCGAGCAGCUAUAUGCCGCUUGGGGCAGGUAACCGGACCGGUGCAUACGGAUGGCGCAUGGCCCCUUCGUGACUGGUUUCCGACUCUGCUGGUAAGUUUGAAGAUUAUGGGAUACAUUCCAGGCACCUUGGGCGCCCAGCGUCACUUGGAAUGGAUCCCAGUGGAUAUCCUGGCAGAGUUGCUUGCCGAUCUCGCGGGGUUGGAUGACCGAACGCUCCCCAGUGACGAAGUGACGUCUUACUACCAUUUUGUCAACCCCAAUCGAGCUACGUGGGAGAGCGUCGUGCCAGCCGUCCUCAACGAACUUCAAGGUACACGCAAAACGGCGACGCUGUCUGAUUGGGUGAAAAAGCUAGAGGAGCAUGCAGCCAAGCCGGCAAACGCUGAUCAGCAAUUACCCGGGGUGCAAUUGCUCAGUUUCUAUCGGUCUCUCGAGGGCAGGCCAUUGGAGAUGGAGACGCAGCAUACACAGAAGCGCAUUCCCUCUCUGCCGAAGGUUCCUCCGGUAAAUGAGGAAUGGAUGCGAAUUUGGAUCAGGCAGUUAGCUUCUCAUGGGUCGCUAUGA